AUUUGCGUGCUGCGAUUGUAGGAUUGCUUCCGUUCAUCUUUCCUCUCGACGUUGACAUCGUACUGAGCACAUUUGAACAACAUCUACCAAACCUCAUCAGUAAUACUUUCACAAGCAAUCAUGGCAGAGAACAGAGCAGAGGGCAACAAGGGCCAGUUCAGCGCGUCUGCGCCACAGCCUGAGCCGACUAUCACCAGCAAGCACCAACCUGGCAAGAUCAUUCCAGGCAGCAACGAUGCUGUCCCCGAAUUCGAAGCAGAAGUUCUCCCAGCGGGCAGUGCCCCACCAAAGAACACAUUCGAGCCACAAACAGAAGGCGAGGUCCCUCCAGUCCAGAACUACUACAAAGAUGGCGUAGGCGAGGGCGAGACGACCAAGGCCUCAGACACCAUCGUGGGAGCAACAUCUGGGGAUGUGCACCAGGGCCUCGGCAAGCCGGUCCAAGGCCAGACUUCGAAGGAGUUGCAUGAUGGUACUCAUACCAGGGCUGGAGUGGAGGGUGUUGGUGGCAGUGCGAAGCAGGCUACGGUCGAUCCUCACGAUCCUCAGCAUAUUAGCCAGCGUGCAUUGGAUAAGGACGAGGCGGUGGUAGGACGUGGUGAGAAGGCUUCCGCGGAGGAUCGUGUGCCUGAGCCCGCGGAGACUGUUGCUGCCGAGAGGAGAUAGAGGCUUUCUGAUCUAGAAGCCCAUACAUGGGUCAUGACUUGGAUGAGCUAUGAGUUGUUCGAACCUCAGACUGUAAUCAGCAUUUGCAGUCCAGUUGAUUAGUUAUUGCAG